UAGACAAUUAAUAAUAACCUUUCAUUACCAAUCUAAUCUCUCCUGCGCACGCGAACCUUUCCGAUAUCAUCUCUCUCUCAACUUCCAUAUAUCUAAGUACAUCUUCCCUCUUCUGCUGCUGCAAACUACACAACCUAUAAAAUGGCGACAGCAGCAGCAGCAGCGGUAAGUGUAGCGAACGGCGUCUGUCAGGCAUACCUGGAAAGCAAACACGUCAGAGAGACUAGGGAAGGGGUUGCGGAGCUUUGCCGGCAUUUCUAUACACAAGGAUGGGUGUCCGGAACAGGUGGCAGCAUCACCAUGAAGGUCCACGAUGAUUCCAUUCCCAAGUCACAGCAGCUCAUUGUCAUGUCCCCUUCUGGUGUUCAGAAGGAAAGGAUGCUUCCUGAGGACAUGUAUUUGCUUUCUUCAACUGGGUCAAUUCUGUGCGCUCCUUCUCCCAAGCCUUAUCCCCAUAAGCCUCCUAAGUGUACCGACUGUGCUCCCCUCUUCAUGAAGGCUUAUGAGAUGCGGAAUGCUGGCGCUGUCAUUCACAGUCAUGGAGUGGAGUCUUGUAUUGUGACAAUGAUCCAACCUUCCUCAAAAGAGUUUCGAAUUACUCAUAUGGAGAUGAUUAAAGGCAUUGACGGGCAUGGUUAUCAUGAUGAGCUUGUGGUCCCAAUAAUAGAGAACACUGCCCAUGAAGGAGAGCUCACGGAAUCUCUUAGUGAAGCGAUUCAAGCUUACCCAAAAACUACAGCUGUUCUUGUUCGUAACCAUGGGGUAUAUAUAUGGGGAGACUCAUGGAUCAGGGCUAAAACUCAGGCUGAAUGCAAUCACUAUCUCUUUGAUGCUGCUAUCAAACUUUAUCAGUUGGGCUUGGACUGGUCUACGCCAAGCCAUGAUCCAAUUCAAAGAGUUUUUGGUCAUCAGAGGAAUACAAACAUGGCUGUGAAUGCGGCUGUACAGAAUUUAAACGAUGCACCGGAGCCAUCACAUCGUUGUAUUGUUCUUGACAUUGAGGGGACGGCAACUCCUAUAUCAUUCGUUACAGAUGUUCUUUUCCCUUAUGCUCGUGAUAAUGUGGGAAAGCAUUUAUAUUUAACAUAUGACACUGAAGAAACUCAGGAUGAUAUUAAGUUGCUGCGUGCUCAAGUUGAAGAAGAUUUGCAAAAGGGGGUUGCUGGUGCUGUGCCCAUACCUACUAAUGAUGCUGGGAAAGAUGAGAUGAUAGCAUCCCUGGUUGCUAAUGUUGAAGCAAUGAUUAAUGCUGACAGAAAAAUCACUGCCCUGAAGCAGCUGCAGGGUCAUAUAUGGAGAACUGGGUUUCAAAAUAAUGAACUGGAAGGAGUAGUUUUUGAAGAUGUACUACAUGCUCUUCAGAAAUGGCAUGCUUCAGGCAUCAAGGUAUAUAUAUAUUCUAGUGGUAGCAGGGAGUCUCAACGGCUUAUCUUUGGCAAUUCAAAUUAUGGAGACUUGCGAAAAUAUUUAUGUGGAUAUUUCGAUACCACAGUAGGUAACAAAAAAGAAACACGCAGUUACUUUGAGAUCUCACAGUCACUGGGAGUAGAUGAACCAUCGGAUAUCUUAUUUGUCACAGACGUCAUUCAGGAAGCCGUGGCUGCAAAAGCAGCAGGUUUGGAAUUGAUAAUUUCUGUCCGGCCGGGAAAUGGACCACUUCCAGAGAAUCAUGGGUUCAAGACUGUCCGAUCCUUUGUGGAAAUCUGAGAUGGUCAAUUCUGUAUAUUAUUGAAUAAGAUAUAAAUUUAGUUCAUAAAUAUAUAGAUAGAGAAACAAACCAGUUUAAAAGACUUG